CUCAAGGUUUCGCUUUUAUGCCCCGUGAGUAGGGCGAUGCGUGCGCAUAGGGGCAGGGGGCUCUUGGCCUCGAUUCCAGACAGGGGCGUGCUGGACAGCCUCGUCAACGUUUGGGCCAGUGGCUCCAGCAUCUUCGUGGAGAAUUGCUCCUCCUCCAGCCUGGUCUUCGAGAUCGCCGACGUCAAGGACGACCUGGGCGACACCCUGGAGUGCGACCCAUGCUGGUCCCAGGGCUCCGUCAAACAGCGGCAGGUCGUGGAGCUCGCGCACAUUGCCGAGGAUGGACGAUGGACCAUCCGCAGGGCCGGGGCCGCAUUCGCCAGGUGCGCCCUGAGGGUCCGCAUGCCGGACGACGGCGCCUCUUCGAAGAGCGAGGAGUGGUCCAUCUCGAUGGUCCUCAAGACGUGUGCUAGCCAAAUGUGCGCGUUGCCACACUCA